AUGCCCGGCAGCGGCCCCAGGGGCAUGCGCCCCACGGCGCGCGGCAAGAAACGCUCGCGCCGCUCCCACGAUCCUUUCGAGCUGUGGAUGGGCAAACUCGACAGGUGGGUCGACAAGAACCCGAUGAAGGCCAACGCGCUCACCGGCGUCAUCCUGGGCUUGGCCGUCUACGUCUUCUGGGCAAUGUUUGGCGAGUCGCUCACGUCGCUCUACGCGAAGCACCUGGGACCCUCCCUCGAUCCGUUGCUCGUCAAACACGUCGUCCCGCACUACAUCACAGUUCGGGACGUCGUCGUGGACGCCGCGCGGAAGACGGGGCUGGACAAGGUUGGCGGGUUCCUGUCCGCCGUCGCGGCAAAGGCGGCGGCGUUGUCGCAGGCAAAGGAGCUGUGA